CAGGGCUUGGCAAUAGUAGCAUGCGUAAUUUUGCCACCCGCACAGUGUUUUAUCAGAUACGAAGCGUAGGCUACUUACUCUUUGUUCACCAAGGAUUGUAGGGACAGAAAUUACAGUGUUGUCUGUGAAAAAUGUUGUUUUAAUUCUGUUUACCAGCUGAAAUGAGCGUGUAUUGGAUAUGGGCGAGAGAACACCGGAAAUUCUUUAUAAUCGCUGCUGGUAGAGACGCUCAUACACCCGUGCCCUGGAAAUAAACAGCCAUGGAAAAUAGCUAAUAGUUAAUUCAGUAAUAAACAACUAAUAAAAGGAGUGUAUUUAUGGUGUGCUGUGAAAGUUUAGUGAGGAGCUUCGUGAUAACAGCGCCGCCAGGCAGGCAUGAGCAGAGCCGAUUCUGCAGAAAAUGAGGAUUGGACGUGAGCUACGUGCGCAUCCAGGAGUAGACGACAUGACAUGGAGAGACUGGAAAACACGGACCUUUUAAAAACGCACGGACGCGAGAGUAUCUGUUCCCCGCAAGAGAGAGUCACCAAUGGCUGUUGUGAUGCUCACGCAGUGAAUACAAUGGGUUUGAACGCGACCACAGCAGAGGAGCUGCUGGCUGGACAUGCGUCUAGAUCUGGACCCGGGAUCACGCUUCUGAAGGAGUCCAAGAGCGGCUUGCCUUUGUAUAACGGUGGAGGAGUGGUGUCCCCUUCACCUACAGCAGAAGAAAGUUAUGGCGAGGUCCCUGCACAGACGCAAAACGGGUGUUUACAUCUAAAUGGACUGGCGGAGACCCCCAAUGGGGGCCUCACAGCAAAUGGGGACAGGACUUUGGACAGGCCUUUGAAGAAGCCUUGUGGAGAUGUGCGAUUCAGACAACUCCAGCACCAGAGGAGAAAAGAUGAGGAAAACAGAGACUUCGGGGCCCAUGGUGGUUGUCCCGCAUCGGGGUCUGGAUCUGGCGGUUCUUUGGAAACGUCCCACGGACCGGACAAUUCUUAUCCUCCACUUGAAUGCAAAAGGAGAAGGCUUGAAUUGGACUCCAAAACAGACUCUAGUAAAAGCACACGGGCUGUUGCGCCCCUCGCAACUAAUCACCAACUCAAAAACUGUGGCGGCUCCGUGUCGUCGCCCGGUUGGGUCCAUCACAAUGGACACAAAGUUGCAGUGAACCAGGCUGAGGUGCGCUCUGCUCCGCCUAUGGUGGCCCCCAGUGCAGGUUGCUCUCCGGAGCACAUGGCUCAGCAGUACAUAGUUCCUUGCAUGAAGUUUUAUGGCAUUUGCGUCAAAGAUGGCUUCCUGGGCGACCGACUGGGCAGUAAGGUCCUGGAGGAAGUGGAGACUCUAAAUCACAGUGGGAAGUUCAAAGGCGGCCAGUUGGUCAGUCAAAAAAACAUCCCAUCUAAGAACAUCCGUGGAGACCAGAUAGCCUGGGUCGAAGGCAACGAGCCGGGCUGCGAGAACAUCGGGAGCCUCAUGGCUCACAUUGAUGAGGCAAUCAUGCGCAGUGCGGCCAAUGGACAGCUGGGGAAUUAUGCCAUAAACGGCCGCACCAAGGCCAUGGUUGCGUGUUACCCUGGAAACGGAACAGGAUACGUGCGACAUGUGGACAAUCCUAACGGCGACGGACGCUGCAUAACCUGCAUCUACUAUCUGAACAAGAACUGGGAUGCGAAGGUUCAUGGAGGUUUAUUGCAGAUCUUCCCCGAGGGUCGUAAUGUUGUAGCCAACAUCGAGCCUCUGUUUGACCGUCUGCUCAUUUUCUGGUCAGAUCGCCGGAACCCACAUGAGGUGAAACCAGCUUUUGCCACUCGCUACGCCAUCACUGUUUGGUACUUUGAUGCAAAAGAGCGGGCUGAAGCUAAGGAGAAGUACAGACUGGCUACAGGACAGAAAGGAGUUAAAGUGCCCGUCACACAAAGCAGCAAGACCUGAAUCUCAGUCAUUCAUGUGAACACUCAAGUGUGUCCUGUUUAUGUGCGUGGCAGCCUGCGCCGCCGCGCGAUUGGCUGUUUUCAAGAGGAGAUGCAAGAAGCCUAACAAUCACGGCUCUUUCUGUGGCCUCAAAUAUCCAACAAGAAAUUUGAUUUGAUUGGGUGGAUGCGGGACUUUAAAUGAACACCAUAAACAGAUAUGUCUCAAACUUGAUGGUCACGGCUCUGAAAGGCUGGCAGGAUUGGCAGAUUUUCCUCAUCCCGUGGAAAGUCAACAGUGGAAACAUCACAAACGGACUUGAGUUACUUUAGUAUUUUGAGUAAUUACUGUAUUUAAUAAGAAUUACAAUCUCUAAACUCAACCCUUGCUUUUCACAACACUACACCUCUGUGUGUAAGUGGGUAGAUGAGAUUUUCCAGUGGCCUUUGUCAUAUCCUGUUUAGCCCCACGAAUGUGUAACCAGCUUAACACUGAGAUCUGACUUAUGCCAACGCUCGACUAAAUCAUGAAAACUGACAUAAAAUAACCAACAAUCCCAUUAUAGAUGAAUGCUUCGGUGGACACAAUCCCUUACGAUUGAGCCUGAGCCCUUGGAAACAUUCAGGGUGAAUUCAUUCAGAAUGAACAGCGCCCUCUGAUGGCGUCAGUUUUCACGCUAUGCUUUGUUCAUGCAAGUACAGUAGCACCACCAAAAUUUUUGCAAUAAGCUAUUUUGCUUGCAAUGGUUUCUUAGUUUGCAGCAGACCUUAGGGCCGUUCAUUUAGGAUGUACUUUUGCAGUCCGUCUUCGAUAUUUUUUUAAGUGUUGUCCUCGCCAUUGCUUUAUAUCUUCAGAGAUUCGUUCCACGAGAGCUGCGUUUUAAGACACAUCCAGACUGGGUCCCGUGUGAAUGGCCGCGACCUCAAUUUGUAAUACUUUGCUGGGAUUGUACACUGGGAUGCAACUAAAAUAAAAUUCUGUCCGAUAAUGAAAUGCGAUAAUUAUUGUCUAAUUAUAAUCGUAUGUUAUAACCGAUAACCGAUAAAUGGAUAUAAAUAAUAAAUUCUAUAUUGUUAUAAUAAUUGUAAUAAUGCAUUAAAAAUAAAACACUAAAAACUGAAUUUAGUGAAUUUUAGGUGUCACAACAUUCAUAAUGUACAGUAUGAAAAAUUAUUACACUUAACAGUGAUAUCAAAUUAUUAGUAUUUUUUACAGAAGUUUAAGAAAAUGAAAUAUAAAAAUGCAGAAAAUGAGCUGCACAAAUAAAUGUCUAGUAUUGAUUAUUAAAAAAAAAAAAAAAAAUCAAUAUCGGCAGAUACCUAAUAUGGAACCAAAAUAUUGUACAUCCCUAACUGUAACUGAAGGUCUAAAUGAGAGAUUUAUAUAUUUGAAUUGCAUAUAAAAUUUCCAUUUAUUUGAUUACGAUUUUAACUUAAUUUGGGAUGCACAUUUGUCAGUCAUGCAUAAAAGAAUCAUAAAUUGUAAUAGCACUAAUAAACUGACUGUUUUAAAGACAUAACCAGGUUUAUAUAUUUAUCAUCAAUAAAUCCAAUUUCUUUCAGUCUCAUACAUUUGAACUAACUGCAUCAUUGCUUGUUCCAAAACUAGCCAUAUUUUAACCUUAUUAACCAUACAUUUUGACUGAAUAAAUGCAAUAAACCGGUUUAUGCUGAUUCUAAGUAAUUUGAAUAAAUGCAUUUUAAUAAUAUACUUAUUUAAAUAAAAUCAAAUAGAUGCAAAUAAUAAACCAUGCAAUGAUUUUUGUUUCUCUUCAUGAUUAUGUAUGUCUGACAAAUAUGCAUCACGUUACAUUUAUUAGUUUAUGUUAAAACUCUGUAACCUAAAUGAAUGGAAAUUUUAAUGCACUUAAAAUACAUAAAUCUUACAUUUUAAGCCUAAACAUUUUGCAGCAUCGCUUCACCACGGCAAUCCAUUCAUCUGAAUCAAGUGAAAAUGCUUAAUCUCUGGAUAUAAACCCGAUUUUAAUGAUCACCAUCAUCAUUUGAUGAAAUACUGCCUUUCAAAUCCCUUUUAAAUAAAAUCCAGUUUACCUGCUUUCCAUAGAUGCCAAUAAAUGGCUACAAUAAGUGCGCCGACCACAUGCUACAGUCAAUCUGGCACAUUCUGCAGCCUCAUUUGCAUAGAAAGAAGCUAUGUUUGCCCAAAAAAUAAUAAUAAGGAUUUACUUUGAAUGUGCAUGGCACAGUGUCCAACCAGCUCAUGUAGAACCUGAAUAAAUUCUCGGAUUCUGCGUGCAGUGGUGAAGUCUGCUAGCUGUGUGCUAAAGUGAUUUCACCCCUCAGUUUUCAGGUUACAAUUUGCAAUCUGCAGAAUGUAUGUUCUGUAACAAAAUGUCAAAACAGGGUGUUUGUGACCUUUUUAAAUACUGCUGCAUGCUAUCUUGGCUUUAAAGGGUCUUUCUACAGAGAUGCACUUAACUGAGAGCUGACAAUCUCCUUCCUGCCUCAGAGAGGCGCUGUACAGCAGAAGAGAUCAGUAUGGGGCUCUCCUCAAAUUCUGGCAACGUACAGGUGACCUGGAACACACAACAGCCUCAUUCUAUCAGGUGUCCACACAUGCACUACCCUAGUGCCUACAUCUCCCAGAGGGCAUUGCAAGUUCAUCAGAUGCUUAUAAGAGGCUAUGUUCAGAAUGGAAUACUCUGCACUGCUUAUUUAAAACCAGUAUGCGACAGUUUGCAAAGCUAAAUUGUGAAAUGAACUCAUGCCAACAACAACAAAAAUUAGGAUUUUUUUUUUUUAAUUCAGGUUUGUGUAAAAAUGUCUUAAGUUGAAUGUAUAUGAAAUAUGAAUAAAAAUAUUUUUUAACAUUUGUAAAUAUAUUAAAAUGCAUCUGGUAUUACUUAGUUUCUCUGGAAAUAGAAGGGCAAGCACAAUGCAUUGUCGGUGCAGUGGUCGUAUACUGCACAUUUUGGCAAACUAUAUAUAUAUAUAUUGCAGAAAACAGUCAGAGAAGUGUGCUAUUCUGAACAUAGUCACAAUCUUAGAACCUGAGAUUUCAUGGAAACAUGAAACAGCACAGAACAAGAGAUAUUCCAGCGAAGUAUGACCGAGGGAGUGUAGUAUGUGCCAUAGACGGCCAGAGAAGUAAAACGGUAAAGCACUUUAUCAUAGAAUGUGUGAUGUUUGAAUGAGAAGCUACCGAAAGAAAUGCUUUGUCCCGUGUAACAGUAUGAAACUUAAAUCAACUGAGAACAAAAACAUGUUUGCUUAACUUUUCUGAGUUUUGCAGUAUUUAAUUAAAAUGUGUCAGAUUUUGUACAGCUGA